AUGUUUAAAAAUUCAAAGUCGUUGCUUCGUUCUAAAGCAGGUAAGUCAAAAGGGACAAUUAUUGAUGUUCCCGGGAAAUCACUAGAACCAACUCCAAUUACAAUAGUACAACCUUCAAAUUCACAGGAGUCUGGUGGUAGUAAUAAAUCUACUCAGUCGGAAACAAAUCCCGAUGCUAUUAUAGUUAAUUAUGAAGGCAACACGAUUGAUGUAGUUAGUCAAGCGCCACAAGAUAUUAUGAUGGAUGUUUCUCCAUCAAUAUUACCAGCUAAGACGCGCUCUAAUGAGAAACGAUCCAUAAAUCGUACUGCUGACAAUGUGAUCAAUAAAUCCUCUGGAGAUGGAACACAAAGAAAAUCUUCACAAAAAUUUCCUACAAGUCCGAAAAUCAUUCUUUCAUUUACUAAUGACUCACUGGUUGAAUCAUCCUCCUCUUCAAGUGCUACUGGAAUGGUUGAAUCACAAAAUACUCGACAAGAUAGUGAAGACGCAAUAUCUCAACAUAUUGAAGAAUCUGAUGUAACGACUGAAGAUUCAUCUGUUAAAACAAGACAACGUAAAACAGCUAUUACGAAUAAGAAACGAGCAAGAUCAAAUAAUGAUGAUGAACAAUCUGAAGAUUCAACGGUAGCAACAUCAUCAUCAUCAAAACAGUCAAAACGUCGUAAACGUUCUAGUUCUAUUGCAUCCAUAACGUCUUCAACUAAUACGGAUGGCAGUUCCACAAAAAGUAAUUCUACAGCUGGUAGAAAACGACGAAGUAAAUCACGUAAAGCGCGUACUACUACCCGUAGACAACAAUCUAGUAAAAGCCGUGUUAAACCUUGGGAAGAUGAUCCUGAAGACGAAAAUCCACUUGAUGAUUCUAUUGUUACAAUGGCCGAAUUGUGUAAAGAUUUAAAACGGGGUCGUAAAUCUAAUACUUAUAAGGAACUAGAGUAUGCUAAGUAUCAAAAAUCACAACAAAAACGCAGACAACGUGCAGCAGCUAAUAAUAUUAGAGAUGAUGACCAAAUGAAUGUUGGUGAUGGUGAAACCCCUAUUUAUCAACCUUUGGGGGAUGAAGGUAAUGAGUUAGCUCAAGAUCAGAAUAUUCCCGGAGAUCAUCAAGAUGAGCAAAAUGAGCAAAAUGAGCAAAAUGAGCAAUAUGAAAUUGAACAAAAUGAAGAGUUUAAUAAUGAUGGAAGCGAAAAUUACGAAGAAUAUCAUGAGAAUAGAGAAUGGGAGCAAGAAGGUUGUUAUGAUGAAGAUGGAAAUUGGAUUCAAUAUGAAAAUUAUGAAAACGAAGAGUAUCAGCAAGAUUAUGAAAUGGAAGAAGUGGAAGAUGAGAAUACACAAGGCGAAAAUAACGAAAAUGAUAAGCCAACUCUUAUGAAACGUCGCGUGUUUUCAUCACGUGGCAGCAGAUUUGUAAACGCGGAUGGACAAUAUACAGUUCGCGAAGAACAAGAUUCACGUCCACGUAUUUAUGAAAAUGAUGAAGGAAUGGAAGUUGUAGAAGAAGAUAAAUUUUCUCAUAUUGUAAAUUCUUUUACUUAUUCUAAAAAGCCAAGAAAAAAUGAAAGAUGGACAAUUGAUGAUACUGAAUUGUUUUUCAAGGCAUUGUCACGAUGGGGAACCGAUUUUGAGAUAAUAUCUAGAAAAAUAUUUGAUAAUAGAAAAUCUCGUGAUCAAGUUAAAAAUAAAUAUAAAAGAGAACGUAAAAUUAAUCCAUUGCGUGUUUAUAAGGCAUUGGAUACGCGCAUUCCCAUAGAACCUGAAGAAUUGGAAAUCAUUUCACGAUAUACCGAAGAACUAGCAACUAUACAAGCAGAUAAUGAUAUUCAAGGUGAAACUAUAGAAGUAAAUCAAGACGAUAUAGUAAAUGAUGUAGAAGGUGGUUCAACUGAAGAAAACCGUGAAGCAUUUGAUCUGAUAUAA